AUGCGCUCUCUUCCCAACAUCAUAAUAACGGGCACCCCUGGCGUCGGCAAGUCGACGACCUGCACCCAGCUCCUCGGUCUCGCCUCGGCCUCAACGCCCCCCAUCAAUCUCAAGCACCUUUCGAUCAACGACCUCGUCAAAUCCCGCUCCUGCCACUCAGGCUUCGACGAAGAGCUGCAGACCCUGAUUGUGGACGACGACAAGCUGAUGGACGAGGUGGAGAAAGACAUCUCUGACGGCGAGGGCGAGGGCGGGUGGCUGAUUGAUUGGCACUCCACCGCAGGAUUUGCCGUGCGCUGGGUCGAUCUCGUUGUCGUGCUGCGAUGCGAACAGACCAACGUGCUCUACGACCGCCUCGUAGCGCGGGGCUACAGAGAUACCAAAGUGCAGGAAAAUAUGGACGCCGAGAUCUUUGGUGUGGUCAGCGAGGAGGCCAAAGAAGGAUGGGGGGAAGAAGAGGAAGGCCGUGUUGUGGAACUGAAGAGCGUCGAGGCGGACGACAUCGAGGAGAACGCCGAGAGGAUUCUGCAAUGGGUCAAGAACUGGAUUAAAGAUCAUACAACAGACGAGGGAGAUUAG